AUGUUAGCCAUUAUGGGAGCGACUGGAGCCGGGAAGUCGACGCUGAUGAACGUGAUGACGUCGCGGAACUUGGGAGAUCUCAAAGUCUCAGGGGAACUCAUGGUGAACGGGAAGUCUAUCAAGAGAAGUGCGUUGGCAGGCAUUUCCGCCUACAUCCAACAGGAAAACGUCUUCAUCGGUUCCCUCACUGUCAGGGAACACCUGCGAUUUCAGGCAGGAAAUAUGAAAAUCUAUGUGAAAGUCGAAUGA